UAAGAGAAUGACAAGGACGGGAAUAUUAGUGUAAGACGUAUUAUUCGAUUCAUUGUUGUAUUCGCACUCGGCAACAUGAUAAAUCACGUUAUCACAAUCUGUGCAAUGGAUUUAGAUUAUUGUAAUUAUGAACAUAGAUUGUUGGUUAUUUUCGAUGUAUAGCUCAUUUCAAACAUCUUGGCAGCUCAAAUCUCAUUGCCCUCCCUAAACCCUAUACCAAAAGAUGUGUUCUGAGCAGCGAUUCGCGCAAAGAUAAGAGCCGGUCGAGUCAUAAUUGUUUGGUUGUCUUGGCUUGUUGGUGGCAUUUGUGGUGUUGUUAUUUUCUUAAUUAUCAUAUGUUACUGCCGCCUCAUGCCGCGCCAUCAGAAAUCAUUCGACGAACAGUACCUUAAAAAUACUUACACUAUAAAAGAAGAUCAUGGAUACUCUCAUCAAGAUUACAGCAGAAUAAAACAUGCAGAGGUGCAGGUACAGAGACACAGCCGGCCGGCGAGUUACGCUGGUGACGCGGAGUGGCGACGCGCGCGCGACUCUCACACGCACGCCCCCGCGCCGCACCCCGCACACCCCGCACACCCCACCACGCCCCAGCCCGCGCCCGCGCACUGCUACGUCAACCGCGUGCCCGAGCGCGACCACGUCUCCGCGCAGUACGCCUCCAGCAGCAUGUUGGACGAGAUCGAGGGCGGGGUGAACAUGGACGCGCUGAAGACGCGCUCCCUGCCUGCCUUCCUGCGACCCAAGCCGCGCCCGCUUUCUACCGAGGAUGACCUGCAGCAGCUCUACGCUAAGGUGAGUUUAAGCAAGAAGCACAAGAACCGCAUGCGCAGCGAGCACGCGGCCAUCAUCGCGCUCAGCAAGUCGCACAGCCAGUUUUUCGACGCAGAUGCAGUCAUUGUGUACGACCAGAGGACCGCACUUUAACCAUCUGGCUGAUCUCUCUUGAACUUGCGACUUGAACUAUAUCAAGGGUUACCAGUUGCCACUAUAUGGCUGGUUUUGACAGCUGUCAAUCUGACAGACAUGUAGUAACAAAACUCGAAGAAUUUCGAUAUGGUAAAGAUCCCCAGAUAUAGGGAAUCCUCAAUUAUAAUUUUUGUGUAUUUCUCUUCCGCUAUUGUACUUCCUCCUACAUAUCAAUAGUAGCAGUAUUUGUAAAAUGACCUAUACAAAUAAUCGUAAGAAUAAGCACACAUUUAGAUGUUUGGUU